AUGAACCUCAGUGAUAGCGAUGACAACGAUACUUUAAUAGCUUCAUGCUUUGAUUUUAUCGAUUCAAGAAAUUACGAUAAUUCAGAAGAUGAUGAUCAAUACAGUAAUUCGUCGUUUGGCAAUACAAUAGCACCACCAUUUUUAAAAGGAAAUCAAAAUCAUAAUAAUAACGACACCAAUUUUCAAAAUUUAAGUAACAAACAUAAUAUCGGUAAAAAAGAUGAUUCAGACGAUGAUUUUUUUACAAAUAACAAUAAUAACAAUAAUAACAAUAAUAGCAGCACUUUAAAUAGUGAGGGUAAUAAAUCAAGAAGAAGAGAGAUUUUGAACAAGCCAUUGGUUAAACAACAAGCACCAAUUGGAACUCAUCAAAUAUCCAAAAUUGAACCUAACCAAUUUGAUUUUUCUAAUGUAGAAGAUGAUUCAUCUCAUAAACCAACAUAUCAUUUUCAAGAACCACCAAAAAUUAGCAAAUCAUCCAAGAAUAAACCAUCAAGCAAAAUUGAAAGAAGAGCCGGUAAAGAGCCAUCAAAAGUUAAUUCCAAACAAAAAUCAAAUGAUUCAUCAACAUCAGGUUUUAAAAUUUUAAAAAGAAAUGAAGAUGCAAUAGGUAAUUUUUUAAAUAUAAUAAAUCAAAAAUCAUCAACAUCUAUUACUCUGAAUAUUAACAAAAUUCAUAAAUUUUUAGACUCUGAUAAAUUAAACGAUUUAUUUAAAAAAGGCUUACCAACAACUACAACCCCAUUGACCAACUCUGUAUCGCAUAAAUCAACUGCUGGUACUAAUGGCAAUCACAGGGAAAGAGAAAGAGAAAGAGAAAGAGAUAGGGACCGUGAUAGAAAUAGAGACCGUGAUAGAAGGGGUUCAACUAAGCAAAAUGAACAACAAUCAACAAAAUCUAAAAAUUUAUUAAAAGAACAAGAGAUUGGCAGAAUUUUAGGAGAAACACCAAUUCAUUUUGAUUUAGAUACCGUAUCAUUCUCGCAAACUAAUGUUUUUCAAAAAGGUGAAAUCGUAUUAGUUCCAAGGUCAAGGGGUGGAUUUACUUAUGCUAAGAUUCAUGAAACAUCUCAAUCAAUGGUUUGCCAUCAUGACACAUCUGUACAUCACCCAGUUACCCAAUAUAGAGCAGUUUAUCCAGCUAGUGGAAGAAAAGAUAAUCUAUAUAAAGAUUUACCAGCAAGUUAUCUAGGUAAACUUGUUCCAUUUCAAAAACUACUACCGAAUGUAAAGAAAUAUGUACUCCCUAUGCCAAAUGAAAGUUUUACAAUGGUUGGCCAAAAAGCUUCACAAAGAGAUCUUCAUGGGCUUGUAUUUUCUCCAACAACCAAAUUUCAAAUUAACCAAAUCGUUUUGGUUCCAAGAAGCAAGGGUGGUUUUACUUACGGUAUGAUCAUUAAAGAAUGUAAAGUAACUUGUAAAGUAAAUGAUAACGUCAAACAUGAAGUCCCAGGGUAUCGUGUUGUAGUGGAAAAAAACAAAGAACACACCAUUAUCAAAGAUUUAGCAAUUGGGAGUCUUGGAAAAAUUUUUACAUCUGUUGAAAAUAAUCAAUUUAUAAAUCCAAUUAAUAAUAACUUAAAUAUUAAUCAACAACAGCAACAACAGGUUAAUAGAGGGAGAAAUAAUAUUCAUAAUGAUAAAGAUAGAAGAGGUAAUUUAAGAAAUAAUAAUAACAACAAUAGAAGAGAUAGAAGAGAAAGAAGACCAAGAGAAAAGAAAAGACAACAGGCUCAAUUCGAUCAACUGGCUGAUAAAUUGGCAGAAUCACUUUUAGAAGAAACUAAAAAGAAAACAGAGGAAUUAGAAAAAUUAAAUGGUAAUAAAUCAUCUACAACUACAACAACUAUAUCAAAUCAUAAUCAACAAGAUGAGGAUGAGGAAUAUAAUGGUAGCGACUAUGAAAGUGACGAUGAACAAGAUGACACAGAUAGCGGAUAUGAAAGUGAUGGUGAAGAAAUUGAAUAUGAAACUGAUGAAGAACAAGAAGACAUGGAAGAGGAAGAAGAGGAAUACGAAGAAUACGAAGGGGAAGAGGAAGAGAAUACUGAUGAAGAUAGCAUUGAAAACCAACAACAAGAAAAUGAAACAACUUCAAGUCAAAAUGACGAUGAGAACGAAGGUGAUAGUGAAGAUGAUGAAGAGGAAGAAAUUUUGUGGAACCCAACUGGAAAAUCAAAUAAUCCAACACCUACAUUAAAUCAAAAACAAUCAACUCAACAACCACAACAAAUAGGUCAACAAAUCCAAUCACAAUCCCAAAAUUUAAAAACCCCGCCUCUACAAACACAAAAAACACAACAACCACCGCAACCACAACAACCACAACAACCACAACAACCACAACAACCACAACAACCACAACAACCACAACAACCACAGCAACCUCAACAACCUCAACCACAACAACAACCUCAACAACCUCAACAACCUCAACAACCUCAACCACAACAACAACCUCAACAACCUCAACAACCACAACAACAACAGCAACAACCCUCUGGAAUUAAAGGGGGAAUUUUCCAAAUGCCAUCCGAUUCUGCAGUAUUUACUGGCAAAACUAAAAAAUCAUCAAAAUCUACAAUGGUAAUUAUUGAUGGACCAAAUGUUGCCAAGAGAGAAAAGAAACAGUUUUCAGUCGCUUCACUCAAGAAAGCUCUUGAUUAUUAUAAGAUUAGAGGAUAUGACGUUGUAGCAUUCGUGCCAGAAUCAUUUGCAUCAAGAAAACCCCAUUCAGGGCCAAAGUCAUUCACAAUGUUUGAUUUUAACGAUGUUGCAGAUGAUUUAGUAGGUCUCCAAAAAUUGGUUGAGAGUGCCCAAGUUUGUCUUACACCAGCUCAAGAUUAUGAUGAUAGUUAUACCAUCCAAUAUGCCAAGAAUAAUAAUGCAUGUAUUGUAACCAAUGACCGUUAUAAUGACCAUAUAGAAAAAGCAAAAACAGAAGUUGAAAGACAAAAAAUUAGAAAAUUCAUCAGAGAUCAUUGUAUAUCAUUCACUUUUGCAAGAGGUGAUUUUAUUCCAAACCCAGAUUUCAAAUUCCCAACAACAUAG